CCGGAUCAUGACCUCCAACCUGGCUCCCAUUCCCGAGUCGUUCUUCAGGGUGGAAGACUCAACGGCACGGCCGGCUAGGCCCUCGGUCACGUGGGACCCGGGCUCGUCCACGGAUUAUGGGACCGCCGCCUCGGCGACCACCAGUUCCGGCGCCACCCCGAGCUUGUUACGGCGCUAUCGCCUCGGUCGUCGCCCAGAAAUCGAUUUGGAAGUUCGUCCGCAGAUCUGCUUCCUGCAGCCACGGACCACGCAGCAGCCGGUGCUCUUCAGCUUAAUGAAUUCCAGUGAAGCAGCAGUGAAAAAACUUUUACCCAAGAGCCAUUUAUCUCAGGUGAUUAUUCGUGACAACCUCAGUGCACAACGAAUCUAUGAGAUGGAGAUAAGAGCUUCAGACAAAACCAAGAAAAAGAUGAGCCACUUGUACGACCAUCUGAAAAAAAAGUUCAUGACAGAUCAGCUCAGAAAGCUGGGGCGCUGGAGACGGGAAUCUAUGAGAAUCCAGCAGUACUUGGAUAGCAUCCGAAUGUACCAGGACCAGUUGAAAUUCCAGUCUCUCAAGAAAAGCCAUCCACCCUAGUCAUGGCAGAAUGAUCUGCCAAGGACCACAAGGACACUAGUCUGAUCGAAGGAGAAAUAGAAACUUGUUAGCCUACACCAUUGUAGAACAAUAAACCAAGACCAGCAGACAGCGGAGCACAAAACACCCUCAGCAAUCCUAGUAUUCCUUGCCCCACCCAUCCACUCUAUUCUGGUGAAGGAGAUUCUGAUGGUCCCAUAGAUGCUCAAGUGGAAGAGGCUGAAUCAAGCCAGCUUCCAUGGUUAAGGCAAAGACUGACCUUUCGGUGCCCACAUGUCUGAGGUGAUGUGCCAGGCCAGGUACACUGGAACAAAGACCUUUGAUGGGAAGGGCUUGGUGAUGACACUGGCUGGCAUUCCAGUAGUUAAGGAGGUCAGGAUGGGGCAUCAGACAGACCUGGCUUAAAUGCUAUUUCUGCCACCUGUCAGCCAUGUGACCUUGUAACUUCCCCAGACCUCUGUUUCCUUAUCUGAAAGAAUGGAGGUGUAGUAAGAAAGCCUAGGUCCAAGAACUGGCGUGAGGAUAUAAAGUACUUGGCCCAGGGUCUGUCAUUUCCAAUGCUUUUUAUCAUGAUGGCUGCAGCUGGUUUCUAGCCUUGCUGGUCUCCACUCUCUAUUGUGUCUUCUUUUCUGAGUACACCCUGAUAGUCCCCAUAUCGUGCCUUUACUUGUGAAGACCCCAUAUCUAGAAUGCCUCUUCAGCUCCCCAGGGCUCACAUGAAACUAUCCUUCAAAGUUUAUCUCAGUGCCAUUUCCUGCAAAUCAUUUCCUGGCCUCUUUGUGCUUCCUGUCUGUUCCUUCCCCUGCCCCACCUAAGUCACUCCCCUCUGAACUUGGAUUACCUGUGGUGGCUUCAUUCUGCCUUGCAUGGUAGCUGUUUCAGGGUUUGUCCUAACCCCUGAUUAGAUUGUGCACUCUUUGAGGGUAGGGACUAAGGAUCCUACAAGAUUCAGUUCAUGCCUCUUUUCUUCCUUGAUACUUCCCCCAACUGGCCCCAAUAGAAAAGGCCACUCCCUCCCGUGCCCCUGUGUGCCCGCACCUGUCUCUGCACCCAGUGUUUGGUUGGCCACUACUUGUUUGCACACUGUCUUCCUGAUCAGGUUGUGAAUGUCUUGAUGGUAGUGACACUCACUCAUUCAUCCCUGUAACCACAAUGCCUAGUAAAUGGAGUAGUCACUCAAUAUUAUUUGAAUAAAUGACUAUCUCGUU